AUGGUUUAUGUUCUUCAAAUGGUUAUUGAUGAUAAUACCAAUGAUAGUGCGGGUGAAGCAAAUAAGUUAAUGAGAAAAAUACGUACUUUUGAGUUUGUAUUUCACAUUUUCUUGAUGAAAGCCAUAUUGGGACUCACAAAUGAUUUGUCACAAGCAUUGCAAAGGAAAGAUCAAGAAAUUGUGAAUGCAAUGGUUUUAGUGAAAUCAUGCAAGGAAAAGCUACAUUGGAUGAGGAACAAUGGGUUCGAUGCAUUGGUUAAUGAAGUAUCUUCUUUUUGUGACAAACAUCAUAUUGAUGUUUCUAACAUGGAAGAGGCAUUUAUACUUCCAGGGAGGUCAAGGCGUAAUGCUCUAAUAAAGACAAAUCAUCAUGAUUAUCGUGUGGAGCUCUUUAUUUAUGUUAUUGAUGAGCAAAUUACGGAGUUAGAGGAUAACUUUGAUGAGGUAAAUACCGAGUCGCUUAUUUGUUUGGCAUGUUUGAGUCCGAAAGGUUCAUUUGUAGCUUUUGAUAAACCGAAGUUACUUCGUCUUGCUCAAUUUUAUCCACAAGACUUUUCGGAUGAAGAUCGUUUAGCACUUGAAGAUCAACUUGAGAUUUAUAUUCAUUAUGUGCGUUCCAGUAAUGAUUUCUCUCAAUAG